CCCACCAGUAACAUACCCGUCUCCACAAAACCAAAGAUACCUAGAGCUCAGAACAAAAAAUGGGGCACAGAUUUGUGGAAGGAAAGAUAGAGGGAGAGAAGGAGUUUGGAGGCAAGGUGUUUCCCAAGACACUGAAACCUCCUCCGGAGAUGAGCACUGACGGCGUAGAUGAGCUGGCGGAGAUGGUGAAGGAAGAGAGAGAGUGGCUGCACAAGACUCUCGAGGCUCACUCUGCCAUUCUGUUCAAGGGUUUCGGAUUGAAGAACGGGGACGAGUUCGGGCGUGUGGUCGAGGCGUUUGGAUGGGAAAACAUGACUUACUCGGCACCGGCCCCACGGCCGAUUCUGAGGCAUUUGGUGGGAGGGAGAGUUUAUACUUCAAAUGCGACUCCUCUUACUCAACUCAUCACCUUCCAUCACGAAAUGGCUUGGGUGAAGGAAGUCCCUUCAAAGAUAUUUUUGUAUUGUUUGCAGCCAUCCCCGGAGGGUGGAGAAACAUCUAUACUGCCUAGUCAGGUUGUGGUUGAUCAAAUGGAAGAGAGAGUUCCUGAAUUCGUCUCUAAAAUUUCAACAAUAGGUUUUGUCCACAGAGUAAGUUUGGCCACGGAAUAUGAUUCUGAGGAUGCUGAUGGUAUCAAUGAGCCAUGGAAAUGGAUCCUAGACACUCGAGAUCUUGCAGAAGCUGAGAAGAGAGCAAAAGAAAAGUUUCUAUGCCGUGAGGUGAAAUUUAGAGAAGGACUGUUAGAGCUCCUCUUUGGACCAGUAUGUCCAAUAAGGAGCUAUGGGGGAAAGAGGGUAUGGUUCAACACUAUUCUUUGCUACGCUCCUAAAGAUUCUGACAGCAUAAGCUUCACAGAUGGUACCAAACUUCCAGAGUCGGCAGUGGAAACCUACAAGAAAAUCUUAGAGGAGAACUGUGUGAACAUCAAAUGGGAGAAAGGAGACUUUCUGCUACUAGAUAAUUUGCUGGCUCAACAUGCUAGGCUUCCUGGAAAGCCGCCACGUCAAAUUCUGGUUUCCAUUUGUAAGUAAUUGAGGCGGAGUUUUCUCUAAUACGGCCUGUUUCACUGAGGAAUUAGAAGCAAAAUUUCUAUAUUCAAAUGCUCUCUCAUAUAUCGCACACUGAAAAAGGCAUCGGAGAACUUCAGUAUGGCAAGGGGAGUGACAAAUUUGACAAAUGCUCUCUUAUAUAUAGUGUCCUUUGUAAAAUUUCACAAUUAAUAAGUCCAUGUGCGAACUUGUCUGUACCAUUAAAUAUAGGUUAUUUGCAGAUAUAUGAGACUUUAAUUUGUAACCAUAAAUAAUAGCAAAAGAAUCCUAAAUUGCAAUACCUUCUAUUA